UCACUCACUCACUCGCACACACGACACUCAUAAAGUAAUUAAUCUACUCCAGUACGUACUGUCGAGUAGCAGCAGGUCGAUCGAUCCAUCCAUCUUGUGAAUUGUGAUGGGUAAUAAGUACCUGGCAGUGGUGACGGUGGUGGCGCUGCUGGUGGCGGCGCCGGCGGUGAGCGCGGUGACGUGCGGGCAGGUGGUGAGCAUGCUGGCGCCGUGCAUCAUGUACGCCACGGGGAGGGUGGCCGCCCCGACCGGCGGCUGCUGCAACGGCGUCAGGAGCCUCAACUCGGCGGCGGCCACCACCGCCGACCGCCAGGCCACCUGCGCCUGCCUGAAGCAGCAGAGCAGCGGCAUGGGCGGCCUCAGGCCCGACCUCAUCGCCGGCAUCCCCUCCAAGUGCGGCGUCAACAUUCCCUACGCCAUCAGCCCCUCCACCGACUGCUCCAGGGUGCAUUAAUCAGUAGAUGCAUGAACACGUACUAUCAAGUGAUCGAUCGAUGCGAGAAUAAUAAAGAGGAGAUCAAGACGCGAUCUGCAGCUG